UGUCUUACAGUUAACCCAAACUAGCAUUGUGGACCUUGUUUUGCAUCCUCUUCUUGCCAGGUACUUGGCAAGAAUUUGAUUGAGCAAACAAGAAAAAGAUGGAAAUUGCAGCGGCAAGAGGCCUCCAAAUUCUGGUGAACUCUGGCUCCUCUCCCUUCGCCAGAAAGAGCAUAAACAGAGCAGCAUUUGGGAAAAAGACGAACUGGCUUCUGAAAAAUGGUUCUACUCUGCGCUGCCACCGGGUGGUGGUUAAAGCUCAGGGCCGUCCCACAUGGCUACCCGGCCUCGACCCUCCACCUUAUCUUGAUGGAACACUUGCUGGAGAUUUUGGAUUCGAUCCCCUUGGACUUGGUGAGGAUCCUGAAAGCUUGAAGUGGUAUGUCCAGGCAGAGCUGGUCCAUGCUCGGUUUGCCAUGGCUGGAGUUGCUGGAAUCCUUGUGACUGAUCUACUGCGUGUAACAGGAAUAAGCAAUUUGCCAGUCUGGUUUGAAGCUGGUGCCACCAAAUUUGAUUUUGCAAGCACCAGAACUCUACUCGUUGUUCAGCUACUGUUGAUGGGUUUUGUUGAAACCAAAAGAUACAUGGAUUUCAGAAAUCCUGGAUCUCAAGCAAAAGAGGGAUCUUUCUUUGGGUUGGAAGCUGCCCUGGAAGGGCUGGAACCCGGAUAUCCUGGUGGCCCAUUGCUAAAUCCUCUUGGCCUGGCUAAAGAUAUAAAGAAUGCUCAUGAAUGGAAGCUGAAAGAGAUAAAAAAUGGACGACUAGCAAUGGUUGCCAUGCUAGGCAUCUUCGUUCAAGCUAAUGUUACACACGUCGGCCCAGUUGACAAUCUCAUACAGCACCUCUCUGAUCCCUGGCACACAACAAUUAUUCAAACACUUGCUGGAUCUGAUUCUUGAUCAUACAGAAAAAGAUUUGUUAAAGAGAAUUCAUCUAAUUUUUUCAAUUCUCUAUUUGGACAAGGAUGUAUAGAGUUCAAUGCAGCUGAUUUUGUUCAACAAGAGUGCAUAACUACAUGAUGACGGAUGUUACCUUUUCUCC